CUUGUGAUCUUUAAAACACACUUUGAUUGACCAACCUGAGCCUGACCAUGCCACCGCCGGAGGCGCGCUGGGCGGCCCCUCGAACCGACAUCUUGCGGGCGGCGGAUGCAGGUCGACACGAGGAAGCCAUCCAGUCUUUGCAAGAAGAUCCUCAAAGGAUUCAGCUUCGAGAUCGAGACGGUCUGACCUGCCUGCACCAUGCGGCGCGAAAGGGCCACAGCGCUUUGGCGAAGGAGUUGCUGCGCUACAGGGCCGAUCUCAAGGCACAGGAUCAGUGGGGCAUGACCCCGUUGCACCGCGCGGUGGCCAAAGGUCACCUACCGGUGGUCGAGCUGCUCCUGACGGCGCGCGCAGAGAUCCGUGCCAAGAAUACCCGAGGCCUCACAGCCUUUGACUUUGCCAGAGCACACCACGAUGGCAAAAUGACGCAAUUCUUGUCCAGCUUCUCGUCACCGGAGGCGUGAGGACCCGGGGAGCGGCACCCGGGGAGCGGCACGGUGCCCUUUUUCCCCCGAGCUUGUCCAAGACAACGGGAAACGGUCGCUGCGCCUGAAAGAGCCGAAAACGACUGUGGGUGCUGGCGCGGGUGAAUCCGAAACGCCGGUGGUAUUUUUUUGGACGGUUUUGUUUUGGACUCCGUGUUCCAAACCAUGCAAAGUUUCAACAGGACGCUUUCUUUUUCUGUGCAACCUGCAUAUCAACGACAUCAUAGAUUAAUUAGCACAUUAGACACACUGUAAUUUGAAGAUAUUGAGUGCGUAUGGUCUGGCGCCAUUGGCUUUCAUUCCGUUUUCAUUGUUUCUCCAUCCGUGCCGGCUUUGGUGUUUUCCUCCAUGAAGAUGGGUUUUGGCAGAGGUGCUCCGGAACUACUGCAACGAGCUUGGUGGAAAUUCAUCAAAAGCCUUUCCGUAUUUUUCCAUGGGAUACUUAUCUUUUGGCAGGAUGGGAAGACCAUCUUGAGAGUCUUGAGAGGUAGGGCCUGGUAGGGGCGGGAAGUCUUCCGACCAAAAUCACAUGAAGACUCACUAUUUUUUCCAAACAGAUCCAAACUCUCGGAAAGGGGAAGGUAUCCUAAAUCAUGAUCGCACAGACUCAUCCGACACUCCUUGGAAGUCAGGGACAUUGUAAAGCUUUGGCCCCCUUUCGCUGAUCCAUUGGUAUGAGACUCUGUGAACCAUUUCAGAGUAGAUGCGAGCCAUGGUGAGGCCUCAGAUCACUUGCAAGAGUGCGUCAUUGGAUCGUUGAUCCAGUUUUUCUGCCGUACUGGAGCCUGGUGGACCCACACAAAACUUUAGUUUGAUAGUAAUUCUCGCACUGUCUGAUGUGGGAUUUACAGCUGUUGCAGGAUUUCUUCUUGAGCAUAUUUCCACACCAUGUGCAAGACAGACACUUUAGGAGGCAUGACGUGACGUGCCACGGUGUGAUGUCCAAUGGAUGUGUCCAGCACCACCACGAGUGGGCCAUGCAAGUCCGCAGUGGGCCAUGGUCUGUCAGUGGACGUUCGGGCGUUUUCCUGGAUGCAGAUCAAGCAUGCUUUCCCUGUGUUAGCCAAUGUGUUUGUGUAGGUUGCUUGUAAGAAUAGGGGGAGACCCCGCAACCUGUGGGUUGGUCUAUUCUAACUUGAACCAUGUAUUGAUGCGAUUGAUGUGCUUUGUCCAGGACAGUCUUCAUGGCAAGCACGGUGCCCGAUGGCGACUCUUUUGUCGAUGUCCAAAAAGCUGGUUUGUUCGGAAAGCAUCGAAUGAACAGGAUUGCUUGGUUGAAUAGUGCCCAUGUAAAGAUGUUCUCGUUUAUGUGAACUUGAACUAGUAUGAUGACUCUUGUUAUGCACCGCAUGUGACAUGUUCGGUCCUUUCCAUCGGAGGCUGCUUUCCAUGCACGAUGUUUGACCUGUUUAUUGCCUGUCUAUCGUUGGUUGGAUUCUCUUUUUCAGAUUGCCAUUCCGUCCAAGUGGAGCUUAGCAUGAUCGAA